AUGGAUCCCUCACAAGUUCCCAAUCUCUAUAAACAACAACGAGGUCCUCCAAAGAUCAAAAAUAAAACUCCCGCGCCCAUCCAAAUCACAGCCGAACAAAUCCUCCGUGAGGCAAAGGAACGUCAAGAGGCAGCUAGAAAAGAACCUCGUCAAAAGAUCUCUGACUUAGAAGAAUUAUCAGAAUAUCGUCUGCGUAAGCGAAAAGAAUUUGAAGAUUCCAUUAGGAGGAACAGACUAAACAUCGGAAGUUGGCUAAAAUACGCAACAUGGGAAGAAAGCCAAAAGGAACUAAACAGAGCACGUUCGGUGUACGAAAGAGCUCUAGAUGUAGAUUCUCGAAAUGUAACCCUGUAUAUUAAAUAUACCGAAAUGGAAAUGAAAAAUCGUAACGUUAAUCACGCAAGAAAUUUAUUCGAUCGCGCUGUGACGUUAUUACCGAGAGUCGACCAAUUUUGGUAUAAGUACACGUAUAUGGAAGAAAUGUUAGGUAACAUUGCUGGAGCUCGACAAAUAUUUGAGCGUUGGAUGCAAUGGGAGCCCGAUGAAUCAGCAUGGAAUGCUUAUAUAAAAAUGGAAAGAAGGUACAAUGAAAUUGAUAGAGCGAGAGCAAUUUACGAGAGAUUUGUUAAUGUACAUCCGGAGCCGAAGAAUUGGCUUAAAUGGGUAAAAUUUGAAGAAGAACAGCAUAAUUUAGAAAAAUGCAGAGAAAUAUAUAGUCAAGCGAUCGGGGCUUUAGGUGACGAUCACAUAGAUCAAAAGAUCUUCAUCUCUUUUGCGAAGUUUGAGACCAAGCUAAAAGAAUUUGAAAGAGCUCGAAUUCUUUAUAAAUAUGCAUUGGAAAAACUACCACGUUUAAAGUCGGAAGCGCUUUACAAUGCGUACACUCAAUUCGAAAAACAAUAUGGUGAUAAAGAAGGAAUAGAAGACGUUGUCAUCGGCAAACGAAGAGUUCAGUAUGAUGAAGAAUUAAAGUCAAAUCCAAAGAACUAUGAUAUAUGGUUCGAUUAUGCGCGAUUGGAGGAAAAUGUCGGAGAUACUAUGAAAGUUCGAGAAAUUUAUGAACGCGCCAUUUCACAAGAUUAUGAGCGGACUAGACAAAUAUAUCAAGAAUGUCUUAAAAUCAUACCCCACAAAAAAUUUACAUUUGCAAAGAUAUGGUUAUUAUAUGCUCAGUUUGAGGUAAGACAGUUAGAUUUGACGACUGCCAGGAAGACCUUAGGAAAUGCUAUAGGUCUUUGCCCAAAAGAUAGGCUUUUUAAGGGCUACAUAGAAUUGGAAUUACAGCUUCGGGAAUUUGACCGUUGCCGAAUAUUAUACACAAAGUACUUAGAGCAUAACCCUGCUAAUUGUUACGCGUGGAUAAAAUUUGCUGAACUUGAAAGGAUGUUAGGCGAUUACGAUCGUUGUAGAGCUAUUUUUGAGCUUGCAGUCGAUCAACCAAUAUUAGACAUGCCAGAGUUAUUAUGGAAGGCAUACAUUGACUUUGAAUUUUCCGAAGAAGAAUAUGAGAAAACGCGACAGCUUUAUAGGAGAUUGCUGGACAAAACUGGUCAUGUUAAAGUGUGGAUUAGUUAUGCACAAUUUGAAUUAAAUGCCGAUGUAGAAAAUCGUGAAGCUGCGGUGGAACGCUCACGAAAAGUAUUUGAAACAGCCUAUAAGAGUAUGAAAGAAAAAGGACUUAAAGAAGAGCGCGUUCUUCUCCUAGAAUCAUGGAAGGAUUUUGAAAGUAAUAAUGGCACGCAAAAAACAUUAUCUAUUGUUGAAAGUAAAUUGCCUAAAGUUGUUAAAAAACGAAGAAAAUUGGAUGAAGCUGAAGGGCAGGCAGGUGUCGCGUGGGAAGAAUACUAUGACUAUAUAUUCCCCGAUGACCAAGCGCAACAACCUAACUUCAAACUGCUGGAACGUGCUUAUGCUUGGCGGCAGCAGCAAUUACAACAGAAAAAUGAUGAGGAAUCUGAACAGGUUGAUCAACAAACUCAAAACAAAUCUGAAACACCAUCUUCUCCUGAGAUAUCUUCCACGCAACCAAAGGAAUCUCCACGGUCAUCCUCCGGGCCGAAUUCUCCUGAUUCAGCAAAUCUAUUGAAAUCUCCAUAA